AUGAAUCCACAAGACCCACAGAUUUUAUACUCUGCCAUCACAUCACUCAUUAAAUUUGGAUCAUUUAAAGAAGCACUCGAUUUGACUGUUUUUUUGACAUUUUCACCUGAUGGAUUUUCUUUUCCAAUUUACAAAAUAUUUAAACAAUUAUUCGGAAAGGAAGGAUGUAAAAAUUACAAAGCCAUAUUUGAGACACUUUCCGAUUGUAAUGGAGAGAAUUAUUCUCAUCGAACAAUUCUUUUGGCCAUGUUUGAAUUGGAAGGAAGUUGUGGACACACCAAAGAUAUUCAAAACGCAAUGGAAAUAUUGGAGAGCAUGAAUGAUUUCUCAAGUGCACUCUCAAUUCUGGGUUAUAUCUAUUAUAAAGGAUUGAAAGAUUCAGAUAAAUCCAUCAACAUUGAUUUGGAAAAGGCAAGAGAAUAUUUCGAACAAGCUGCCUACAAGGGAAAUUCAUUUGGAUUUUGGUUUUUAAGUGAAAUUUAUGGAAAUAUGAUGAAGGGAAUGAAUGAAAAUUCAUCAUCUACACAAUUACCAGUUGAGAAUCCAAAGGAAAAGUAUGAAUGGACUCUCUCCAAAGCAUUGGAAAAGAAGAAUCCAUUUGCUCUCUACGAUCAAGCAAUAUCAUUGAAAGAUAGCAAAACACUUGAUCAAUUGAGUAAAUUGUUUGGACUCUCCAACAAGACGAGACAUCAACAGGUGAACCUCUUGGAUUACCUCUGUUAA